GCCUGUGGCUUGCAGCUACGCCUCUGCCUAUGUCUCCCCAUCCAUCACUUUGUUACUGCAUUAUUUUUUAUGCCAGCAAAGGAGAAUCUGAACCUCACCCUUAAUUUUACAUGUGCCAGGCUGGAAAUAUUCCUGCGUCUGGCUCAGAACUGGCUCUGUCUGCGAGGAGAAAUGCAUACUGAAAAGAAUUCCCGGCAUCUCCCUGUCAGCUUUUAGUCCAAUAAGAAAGACAGUCACUGAGCAGCACAUGCUGCAGCCUCCCUAGUCUGGCUCCUUUCUGAAGGAUCAGGACAUCUGCAGUUACAAGAAAGGCGUGCAGGGGCCUGGACUGCCUCUCCUGUGCAGCCACUGCCUUACCCUACACAAAAAAUUGCACAAGGUGGACAACAUUGCACCCACUUGCUGAAUCUCCUUCACCCAACAGCAUGGCCACAGGCAAAAACCAUCAGCAUGGCAAGUAUAAUGGAUCAAAAGCAAGCCCUUUAUUAACUCAAGAAUACACAGAGGAACUGCAUGUUAAGAUGUGCAAGAAGAUUGCUCAGCUAACUAAGGUUAUUUAUGCUUUGAAUCUCAAAGUUGAUGAAUACGAAGUGAACAAUGUAACUCUAAAGGAAAGUCACCAAAAUGAAAUGGAACAAAUAUCCAACGAAACGAAAGAAAAGUUUCUCCAGUAUGAGAGCUUGGUGGGGGAGGAAAAGAACUUGAGGCUACAGAUCCAGAACCUGGAGGAGGCCUUGGAGAACAACAACAUGGUGAAGGAACAGACUCUAGCAGACCUUGCAAUGUUCAAGAAGCAGACAGAGGAGAGGGAGCUAAAGACCCAAUGUGAGCAGGCAGAAAGGAUCGCAACUCUAUCCAGGGAAAUGCUGUCUAUGAAAACUGAUUUUGAAACCCGUCUACAGCAAAUGACCGAGGAGGCUGAUUCUCUAAGAAGGGAACAGACACUAGGUGAGCAAGAAAAAUCCAUAGAAAAACUUAAUGAAAAGCUUAACAAGGAGAUCCAUGCUCUGAACAAGGAGGUAGAGAGUCUCAAGAGCCAGAACCACAAUUUGACAGAGGAGUACACAAUGAAGACCAACAAACUUCACAGCAAUUAUAUUAAAGAAAAGGAAAACUUAAGAAAGGCUUUGCAGCAGUCUGUUACGGAAAUGAUAAAACAGCUGCAACAGAAAGAGCAAGAUCAGAGGAAGACUAGUCAGGCCAAAGAGGUAGCAAGUCAGCUGGAAGUCAAACAGCUAAAAGGGGACAUUAAAGCAAAGGAGUUUGAAAUUCUUGAAGCCAAAGACAUUUCUCACAGGAUGCAGGAAAGGACUCAGGAACUGGAACUAGAGCUAAGUCAGAGGGACCAAGAGCUGAUAGAAUGCAGAAACCUCCAGUCCCAGGUGGAAGAGGAGCUUGCAGUGGCGAAACAGAGACUAUUACAACAAGAAAAUGAGAUCCAGAGCCAGAUAGAACAGAUGAAGACUGUGUCAAGCGCACACAAAGCUGCUCUGGGCGAACUAGCUGAAUUAAAAAGUAAAUUAGAUCAACUUCAGCAGAAGCCAUCUCGUAAGACAAGUGCAAGUAAGAGAGACAGCGGGGAAGCUGUCAGUUCAAAGCAGGGUUUCAGGGAACACUCAAGUCCAAGACAAGAACAUGUGAAACUGCACAAAGACGAAGUCAGUAAAACAAAACGCCAGAGAGAGGCAGAAGCAAAGCAUCUUAAGGAUCAGUUAGCAAAGAGCCGAGAAGACUUAACUAAGAUCCAUGCUUCAGAGAUGAAAUCUGUGCAAAUUGCCAUGGAAGCAGAAAAAAGACAGUUGCAAAAAGAACAUGAAGUGUACAUUGAAGAACUGAAAAAGAAAAAUGAAGCCAAGAUAAAUCAACUGAUGGAGGAGAGGGACAACCUUUACAUUAAACUUCAAGAUUCCAUAUGUCAGAAUAAAGCUAUUCUUCAGCCAUGUGAAAUGUCCAAUUCAAGUAUAUCGGAUAAAGAAAUCAAAGAAAAUUUACAGUUGUCAGCUGAUUUUAGAAGCAAAGAUACUAAAAGAUAUGAGCUUUGUGAUUGUCCAGCAAGUCCAGCUCCUCAAUUACAUGCAACACAAGCAGAAUGUGAACAUAUUGUUGGACUUCAGGAUGAUAGCGCUCAUGAUUUAAAAAAGCAAAAUACUCCGUUGGAUGAAUAUGAAAUAGAGAUGUCACGGCUGGAAGCAGAGAAUUCAGUUUUACGGGAUUCUGUGGAACUACUAAGCAAAGAGAUUUCCAAAUCCCAGCAAGAGGCAUUGGGAGUGAAAGAAAAGCAAAACAGAAAUCAAGAAGAACUUAAAAUGAAACAAAGAAUUGAACUGGAUGCAUUAAGACAAAGUCACCAGCAAGAGAUCCAGUCCAUAGUGUCCAAAUUUAGCAGCGCUCAGACUUUCCUUCAGGCAAAGAUUGUUACCUUGGAAGCUGAGCUGAAGGAGAUGGAAGAUAAGGCAAAGAAGCAGCAUCGGAUGGAAGAACUGCAGCUUAUAAACAGUUUGCAGGAUAAACUGACGGAUAAAGAUCAAAUUAUUAAACACCUGCUGGAAAUUCAGAACUUUGAUGAUGACCUUGCAAUGCCACUUAUUCAGGAAACACAUAGAAGUCAGUCAUUUUCCUGCAAUCCAAAUGGUGGCAGUUUAACACCCACAAUGAAGAAAAAGAAGUUGGGUGAAAUACCAACCCGUGUGAUCAGCGUUCCCAAUCUGGCAGUUUAUGACAAAACCUUUACAAAUAACAGUGUCAGCUCGAAAAAGCCAACAAGUCCUGUAAGAACGUCUCCCAGCUUAGAUCACAGCAUGAAGCCUGGCUAUCCUUUCCGACAACCUGCACAGCUAUUAGAUAUCAUCCGGCCAAACAGACGAAACCCUGCCAGUGUACCCUUAAAAACAGAGGCAAAGGAACAGGAGUCCAAACGCCCUGAAUGGUUUACAAAGUAUUUUUCAUUCUAAGAAGAAUACAGAGCUGAAGUCACCAUGAGCAGAUGAAUGAGCUGCAUUACUACAAUGCACACAUUUCAUUGCCAUUGUUUUUGUUGUAUAUUUUAAUUUUAAUAAAAUAAUUAUGUGAGCUUUUUCAUGAUAUCAAAUUGCUUCUUAAUAAUAAAAAUUCAAGAAAGGCAUUGUACUUUU